CGGCGCGCGGGGAGAUGCCAUCGAGCAGCCGUACGCAGCGGACGUGUGUCUUCCCCGACAUUGACAAAUAAAUAUUACUUGUUUGUAAUACCCCCUAUCAACGGUACCUAAGGCAGUACGUCACACGUGGCGACAGGAUACCAAGUUGCCCCAAAAUGUCUCAGUCUCAGUUACCCCCGCUAGAACAUUUUGAUUGCGAUAGCGAUAACGCAUCCUUAGGAGUUCGAUGGGAAAAAUGGAAGCGGUCCUUAGAUAUUUACCUUUUUGCUGCGAAUAUUAAUGAUUCUAAGAAGAAGCGCGCCACUCUGCUACACAUGGGAGGACCUACUCUCCAAGACAUAUAUUUUAAUAUCCCGGGCGCACAUAUUCCCGUUGAACCUCAACCAGACGUUCCUGGUGAUCAGACGUCAGAUGUUUACAAAACAGCGAUCGAUAAGCUUGAUGAUUACUUCAUGCCCAAACAAAGCUCAGUUUACGAGCGUCAUGUAUUUCGACUUUUAAAGCAAGAUGCAGGGGAGAAGUUCGAGAAAUUUGUUUUAAGACUGAGGACACAAAGUUCAAAAUGCAAAUUCAGUAACGAAGAAGAUAGUUUAAUUGAUCAGAUAACAGAGAAAUGUGCGUCAAAUGAUUUACGCAAGAAAAUACUAAAGUUAGGUGACACUGUUACUCUAGAUAAAAUUAUUACCGAGGCAAACCUUCUCGAAUCGGUUCAAAGACAAUUAACCGAUUUUAGUGAUAGUACUCAAACAAUAAAUAAAAUUGAGAUAAAAAGAAAUAAUGAUUCUGGCAUGAAGUGCUCUCGAUGUGGUUCUCUGAAGCACAAAAAUGACAAAUACUGUCCAGCAAAAGAUAAAGAGUGUUUAAAAUGUGGCUAUGUUGGGCAUUUUAAAUCUCAAUGCAGGACUCGCGCUAGCAAGAGAAAAAAUACUAAUUUCAAUGACAAUAAGCAUUCUGCUAAGAGAUCAAGAGCUGAUCUGACCAAUAAUAAUGCGACAUUUAAGCCACAUUCUAAUCCUGAUGUAACGUCACAAAACAUAAACUAUAUAUUCUAUAUGGAUGAUGAUACUAAGGUUAAUUGCUAUAUUGGAGGUGUCAAUUUAGAGCUUCAUAUUGAUUCGGGUAGCAUUUCAAAUAUAAUUAGUGACAAAACUUGGAUACAACUUAAAAAACAGGGUAUUCAGGUUACAAAUCAGAUUGCCAACCCAAAUAAAACGUUUAUGGCUUAUGGCAGUGACAAACCUUUGACAGUCCUAGGUUCAUUUGAAGCGCAGAUAUCUUUAGGACCAGAGUCGAAAAAAGAUAUAUUUUAUGUCAUCAAGGACGGCAACCGUGACCUUUUGGGCAAAGAUACUGCCAUUGCACUCAAGGUUCUCAAAUUAGGAAUUAAUAAUAUUAACUCGGUAAGUGAUGAAUGUACAUUCCCGAAGUUCAAAGACAUGCAGUUGGACAUUUCCAUUGACAAAACAGUUUUGCCGGUUAGCCAACCCUACCGCAGAGUUCCAAUUCCUAUCGAGGAAAAAGUUAACAAAAAACUCGAUGAACUAGUUAAUCUUGAUAUUAUAGAACCCGUUGAUAAACCUUCUGGUUGGGUUUCUCCCAUUGUUCCAGUUUUAAAAAGUAAUGGAGAUGUUCGACUAUGUGUUGAUAUGAGGUGCGCAAAUAAGGCUAUUAUUAGAGAAAAUCACCCUCUCCCCACUAUGGAUCAAUUACUACCUCGAUUCGGAUCUGCUAAAAUUUUCUCGAAGCUGGACAUUAAAGAUGCAUUUCAUCAGAUUGAGAUUGCCGAAGAGAGUCGAGACAUAACGACCUUUAUUACAAACCGUGGUUUAUUUCGCUAUAAGAGACUCAUGUUCGGUAUCUCAUGUGCUCCGGAGCUUUUUCAAAAAACAUUGGAAAGAUUAUUAUCUAAAUGUCAAGGCGUGGUAAACUUUAUUGAUGACAUAGUUGUGUUCGGCAAGGAUGAAUUAGAGCACCGCGAAAGGCUCAACCACGUUCUGCGUGUUUUGAAAAAUGCAAAUGUGCUCCUUAAUCAGGAGAAAUACAUAAUGAAUGUCAAGCGCAUAAGUUUUUUAGGUCAUGAACUAUCUAGCGAAGGAAUAAAACCACUGGAUAGUUAUGUCAAAGUAAUUGAAACCUUUAGACCCCCAAAGACAGUAGAAGAAAUUCAAAGCUUUUUAGGAUUGGUAAAUUAUGUUAAUAAAUGGAUUCCAAAUUUUUCAACACUAACCGAACCCAUUCGCAGACUACUUUCCUUAAAACUUGGCCAAAAGUCAGACGUAUCAAAAUAUUGGAAAUCAGACCAGUCUCACGCGUUCACUGAAUUAAAAUCUUGUCUUAAGAAUGUAAAAUCUCUUGGUUUUUACGAUCCCACUGCAAAGACUCAGGUCAUGGCCGAUGCGAGUCCUGUAGGGCUGGGGGCAGUUCUAGUGCAAAUCGGUUCGACAGGGCCUCGUGUAAUCGCUUACGGCAACAAGAGUCUGUCUGAAGUCGAGAAGCGUUACUGCCAAACCGAGAAAGAGGCCUUAGCUUUAGUAUGGGUAGUGGAACACUUUCACAUGUAUUUGUAUGGGAAAGAAAGCUUCGACCUCGUGACAGACCAUAAACCGCUGGAAGUGAUUUUUGGGCCGCGAUCUAAGCCAUCCGCAAGAAUUGAGCGAUGGGUCUUGCGGCUACAAUCCUACAAUUUCAGAGUUGUAUAUCGACCGGGUAAAGUCAAUAUAGCGGAUCCAUUAUCGCGAUUAUGCAUAGAAACUAAAUCCUCAUCUUUUGAUGACGAGUACCAUAUUCACCAAAUUGUCGAACAUGCGCGACCUGUAGCCUUACAAAUGCGUGCGUUGGUAGAAGCCUCUCAGACAGAUGAAGAAACUCAGCUAAUAUUAAAAGCAUUAAACACAAAUAUUUGGGAUUGCCGCGUAAAUAACUAUAAAAUUUUCCAACCAGAACUGUGGACGUAUGAGGGUCUUCUACUUCGUGGCGAUAAAAUCGUAAUACCUUUAAAACUAAGACAACAAGUAGUAGAUGCUGCACAUGAAGGCCAUCCGGGCAUAGUAGCUUUGAAGGGUUGGUUGCGAACAAAAGUUUGGUGGCCUAAGAUAGAAAGGGAUGCAGAAAGUAAGGUGAAAAGCUGUAAGGGCUGUACUUUAGUGUCUGCCGGUAAUCCACCUUUGCCUUUAAAGCGGCGCGACUUACUUUCUCAGCCAUGGCAAGAGAUAGCAAUUGACUUUUUGGGUCCUCUACCUUCCGGUCAUUAUUUAUUCGUGGUAAUUGACUACUACAGCCGGUAUAAAGAAAUAAAAAUUAUGAAAUCAAUCACUGCUAAAGACACUACUUAUAAAAAAUUUAAAAGAAAUUUUCUCAAGAUUAGGUUCCCCAUUGACCAUUACCGCUGAUAACGGUAGACAGUUUAUUAGUGAUGAGUUUAAAUUAUUUUGCGCAGAGUUAGGAAUUAAAAUAUUUCAUACUACACCUUAUACUCCUCAGCAAAAUGGCGAGGUGGAACGCCAAAAUAGGGAUAUCCUUAAAAGGCUUAGGAUUAGUCAAAGUUUAAAAUCUGAUUGGCAAAAUGAUCUUCUUGAUUAUCUCAUAAUGUACAACAGUACACCCCAUACAACAACAGGGAAAACACCUUCUGAAAUUUUCUUUUGCAGGAAAUUUAGAGAUAAAAUUCCAUCACUAGAAUUAGGCGUGCCCUCAAAUGAUUUAGAAAUCAGAGAUCGUGAUACAGAAAUGAAAGAGAAGGGGAAAAGAUAUGCAGAUUUAAAAAGGAAAUCAGGUGAAAAUGAGUUGUUUAUCGGAGACAAAGUAUAUGUUAAAAACUUAAUCAAAGAGAAUAAACUUACCAGCCAGUUUAGUGCAGUACCCCACACAAUAAUCAGCUCUAAUGGAUCUGAAUACGAUGUCAAGAAUGAUGAAACAGGGCAGCAAUAUAAAAGAAAUAUAAUUCAUUUAAAGAGAGUAGAAGGAAAAUGGCGCAUAUGUGAUUCAGAGAAGGACAAAAAUGAAGAACUGGAAGAGAUUACAGAGGAAGCAAAAGAAACGGAAAACCUCCCAAAUGAAGAGUUGUAGUUGAAAGCUAGUUGAUUAGAGUUAACUUUGAAAGAUUAUUUAUUGUUUAAAAUUUUAGAAAUACAAUUUAAUUUUUAGGAAAAAAGAGAGGUGUAAUGUUUAUGAUUAAUAAAUAAAUAUAAUGCGAGGGACACACGCGGCGCGCGGGGAGAUGCCAUCGAGCAGCCGUACGCAGCGGACGUGUGUCUUCCCCGACAUUGACAAAUAAAUAUUACUUGUUUGUAAUACCCCCUAUCAACGGUACCUAAGGCAGUA